CUUAGGUAUUAACCAGUUCGAUGUAUCUUCGAGGGCUCCACUUAAAGAAAAUUGUUCUCGAAAAUUAUCAGAUAUUAAUUUAUUUGAAAACGUUGUAGAUAUAUUUAACGUAAUAGAUUAUAACAAUUAUGAUGAAGGUGACAUUGAGCAAUUAGAGAAUAACAACUAUGAAACUAGAUUGAGAAAUGAAUGGAAACAACUAGAAAACGACGAAAAUAUAGAUUGGCUUACCAUUACACUAAAGACGUAUGAAUCCCUUGUUGGAAAAAACAGUGAAGCAACACCUGAUACUGAAACUAAGCACAGAAGGUGGUGUAAUAUUGUAGAGGCGUUGCAUUAUUUCCGUAAAGCUAAAAAUGAGGAACAUCAAGCAGGAUUGCAAUUUUUUUUAGAUGCAUUAAAGGAUAAAAGAAAAGAAAGAGACAUUGAAGAUUUAAAUUUAGAAGAGGAAAAAGCAUGGAACCAUUUAAAAAUGGCAAAAGUUAAAGAAGAUAAUGAAUGGAGAUAUUAUCAAUUACUUACUUUGAAAUAUUGGAAACAAGCAGAAAAUGCCGAAUCCGCUAGAAAUAAUACUCAAUA